AUGCCAAAGGAUGGUGAUGAUGAUAUUAAACAAGGAAAUCAGUAUAAAACACUGGCAAUCAAUAUUUUUCUUUUUAAAACAGGUUCUGAAUAUAGAGAUACAACCAUAUCACCAAUAAACACAACACAAUCAUUAAUAACAUCCACACUAGAACCAACGAAUACAACAGAUACUACUUCUACUACUACUGCUACUACUUCUACUACUGCUACUACUACUACUGCUACUACUUCUACUACUGCUGCUACUACUACUACUACUACCACUACUACUAAAAGAAGACCAACAACAACAACUAUUGAUACUACUGUAACAACACCGACAAUAGAAACAACAAUCAAAACAGAAACGACAAGUACAGCAUCAACAGGAACAGAAACACAAGCUACAUCGCCAAAAAUAACAACAUUGGAGGCAGACAUGGCAUCAGCAAUGGUGAAUGGAUCAUCAAUUCCAGCAGAAAAGAAUUCCACUGAAAAUGAAACUUUAUGUCCCUGUGCCUGUUAUGUGGAAACACCUGAACAUUUUGAGAAACGAAUGCAGGAGACCCGUAAGGAACUAUCUGUAAAACAAAAUGAAACAUCAAGGUAUAUUGCCAAGAAAAUAAGUGCCAAGGAUGACAGACCUUCAUCUCAAGCUAUUGGUGUACUGGCUGUUGUCUUGUUUACAGUUCUAGCUUCAGUAAUUAUUGUUCCAGAUAUUUUGUCAUUGGUCAGGUAUCUGUUUUUACAUAUGUAAUUUUUGAGGAAUAAAUUUAACUGUAGGCAGUAAAAUAUACUGUAAUAAACAGGAGUAAAAAGAAGCUAGAAGACAAAUAGAAGAUAAAAGAGACCCUAAAGAGAAGGUAGAGAAUAGAAACACAGGGUGUAAGUACCUACCUUGAAUGAAUCACUGAAGAAUAAACCUGUUUCUUCGAUUUAUUUAACUUUUCAAAAUGAGCACUAAAGUACAUAGAGCAACAAAUUUAUAAAUUUCAGUCAGUAUUUUUCUUUCUUCAUUAAAUUUCUUUUGUUUUAAAAGCAAUAUAAUUUUUAUCAUUUAAAUCAUGUUAUAUUUUCUGCAAUUCAGACAGUAUCAGGAUAAUGGUAAUUACAAAGAAACGGAACAAAAGGGUCACCUUUGCAGACUGUCACCUUGGCUUCAACUAUUCAAAUGUUUUAAUUUAGAUAAUUUCAUUUAAAAUUUGAAAAAGUAAUAAUAUGAGUCAAAUAACAUUUGUUAUUGCAGAACUAAAAGACAUAAAUAAUCUUAGAUGGUCGAAUAAUAAAUUCUAAUGUCAUUAUUCUUAAAAAAAAAAAAGAGACUUGUCAGAACUGGUGGUGUUUUUAUCAUUUAUUCCCUGU